AUGUUCGAGCUGGGAGGCAUCCAAUACCUCGCGAAUAGUCGACAUCCCAAAGCGGUCCUGGAGGGUGAUUGCUCCAAGGCAUCGAGUGAAUCCGUCGUUCCGCUGACCGUCGUUUACACGGCGGAAUCGUCGAUGGAUGCGGCCUACCUGGAGGGCGUCUUGGGCAGCUUCGCACGGGAGGACGACGUGUAUUCCGAGGACUUCCUGCACGCGCUGUACAUCCGUUCCGAGUCGAACAGCCUCGAUCUAGAUGCGUCGGUGUUGUCGAUGCUGGACUCGUUGUCGAUCCCCAAGCUCUUCGUCACCCCCGAGGUGCGCGUUCCGAGUGGAGACCACCAGGUCACCGUGAUUCAGGUCCAGAAGCCGUCCGUGCAACCCGCAUCCGGUCCAUACGCCGCGGUCAUAACCCAGCAGUCGGUUUCGCUCGGAGCGGUCUACCGGUUGUACGAGGAUUCAUACAAAACCUUCCUCUACGGCACCUAUGAUUCCAACGACGGAAGUGGAACCUGGACCGAAGCGGGACGGUCCAAGGGCUGGAAUCCUCUCAUCCCGGUUCCGUCACGGAUCUACAACUUCGGCGACACCCGGCCAUUGGCGGGCAAGCGGGUCGGCGUCAAGGAUCUGUACGGAAUGAAAGGGCUGGUCACAUCCGGUGGAAGCAUCGCAUAUGCGCAGGUGAUGCCGGUGCAGACGGAAAACGCACCCAGUAUCCAGCGCCUGAUCGAUCAGGGUGCGGUGCUCGUUGGAAAACAAAAGCUGGCGCAGUUUGCGUCGGGGGCCAAUCCUUGGGAUUGGUAUGAUGAGCAAUAUCCGUUCAAUCCCCGUGGCGACGGCUGGCUCACAUGCUCGGCUUCAUCGGCUGGCGGCGGUUGCUCCAUUGCGGCCUAUGACUGGUUAGAUUAUGCGAUCGGUUCGGACACGGGGUCAUCCAUGCGACGUCCGGCGGCGGUGUCGGGGACAUACGGAAAUCGGCCGAGCCAAGGCUUCAUGUCACUCGAGGGCGUGAUGCCAUUGGGAGGCUCCACCGACACGGCAGGCGUGUUCUCGCGGUCACCAUACGACUGGGUCAAAUUCGCCCGAGCGUGGUACACGCCCGAGUUGUAUCAGGAUACCAAUACCACCGGACUGGAACCCCUCGUCGUCCCUCCGGCGCUUACGGCGUGGCCGUCGACGAUCCUGUACCCGGUCGACUACCUUCCUCUCAACAACUCGGCGGCACAGCCGGUCCUGGAGGAGUUCAUCGCCGGACUACAACGGGUGUUUGGGAUGCAGGUGCGCGAGUUCAACUUUACGGAGUCGAUCCUCACCGCAUCGGAUCCCGUCGCUCGCAACGUCAGUGCCUUUAGCGGUGCGACGAGCGUCAUCGCCGGGUAUUCACAAUGGACCACAGUCGGGGAACCGCUGGUCCGCGAGUAUGGCGCCAAAUUCGACGGUCGCUUCCCCCCCAUCGACCCUUCGGCACGGUCCGGGUGGUUGCGGUACGCCAACGCCACGUCCGGGAGGACACCGUACACCUACGCGGAGUACGUCGAGGCGCAAGCGGUCCGGAAAUACGCGGCGGACUGGUACGAUAGCGAAAUCCAGCCGUCGUCCGACACGCAGUGCAGUGAGUCCAUCAUGCUCAACGACAUCGGGACGGGAGGGAAGCCAUCGUUCCGCGAACGGGACCUCAACGAGGAUCCGGCGGCGUCGUACUUGGCGACGAAGAAGAAGAACACCCUCAUGACGGAAGCCAACAUCUGCCCGAUUUACGCGUGUGCGGAUUACACGAUCCCCAUCGGUCAAGUCGAGUACGUCAGCCCGAUCACGCAAACAACGGAGAUGGUCCCGGUCACCAUCAACAUCAUCGUGCGCCGCGGAUGCGAUGGCAUGCUCUUCGACCUGGUGGAGAAAUUGGCGGACGAGGGGGUUCUGAAGACGGUCAAAACGGGGCGAGUCGGCUUCUAG